GUAUCUGGAAACCCUUCUUCUCUGUUUGUUUUUUUUAUCUCUCUACUCUCUCUCUCUCUAUAUCCCUUACUGAGAAACAGAACAGAUGGUAGUUUGAGAGAGUUCGUACUCGUUCAUUCAGACCGCGUAUGUUACUGCCCUAAACAUGUCUCAGAAGCUUCAAAACCAGCUGAAGGAUCUAGGAUCGAAGCUCGAGAACCUUCCAUCUAGCAAAGAUGCUCUCAUCAAGCUAUUAAAGCAAGUUGCAACAUGCCUCUCGGAGAUGGAACAGUCACCACCAAAGUCCACAUUAGAGUCAAUGCAGCCUUUUCUAAAUGCAAUUGUUAAAGCUGAACUCCUGAAGCACCAAGAUAAGGAUGUUAAGCUUCUUGUUGCUACCUGUCUUUGUGAGAUAACUCGGAUAACAGCUCCUGAAGCCCCUUAUAGUGACGAUGUUUUGAGGGAUAUUUUUCAUUUGAUAGUCAGUACUUUUAGUGGCCUAAAAGAUUCCGUGGGUCCAUCCUUUGGGAGGAGAGUUAUAAUCUUGGAGACCCUUGCAAGAUAUAGGUCAUGCAUUGUGAUGUUGGAUCUUGAAUGUGAUGCACUUGUCAAUGAAAUGUUCAAUCUGUUUUUGGACGUGGCCAGUGAUGAUCAGUCAUACAAUGUUCUUUCCUCGAUGAAAGAAAUCAUGGCUGCCCUCUUAGAAGAGAGUGAAGAAAUCCGCGGGGAUCUCUUACUCAUUCUACUAUCAGCUCUGGGACGGGAUAGACAUGAUGUUACAAAGGCUGCAAGGAAGCUAGCUAUGGAUGUCGUGGAGCAAUGUUCUGGGAAACUUGAGCCAUAUAUUAAGCAAUUCCUUAUAUCAUCCAUAUCAGGGGAGACCACGUCUUCGGAUUGUCCAAUUGAUUACCAUGAAAUAAUCUAUGAUAUCUAUAGUUGUGCUCCUCAGAUUCUAUCCGGAGUUGUUCCAUAUCUAACAGGAGAGCUAUUGACAGAUCAGUUAUCCACUCGUCUGAAAGCAGUGAAGUUAGUUGGUGAUCUGUUCGCUCUGCCAGGAUCUGCUGCCUCUGAGACUUUUCAACCAAUUUUUGGUGAGUUCUGGAAGAGGUUGACUGAUAGAGUGGUUGAGGUUCGAAUGUCUGUGCUUGAAAGUGCCAAGAUGUGUCUUUUGUCAAAUCCUGGAAGAGCAGAAGCUGAUCAAAUCAUCUCUGCUCUUUGUGACCGGCUCUUGGAUUAUGAUGAAAAUGUUCGCAAGGAAGUUGUUUAUGUCAUUAGUGAUGUUGCAUGUCAUUCAUUGUCUUCUGUUCCAGUGGAAACUGUAAAGCUUGUAGCUGAACGUCUUCGAGACAAAUCGCUGCUUGUUAAGAAAUAUACAAUGGAGAGGCUGGCUGACAUCUACAGGAGUUCUAUCUUAAGUCGAACAGAAAAUCCACCUGAAACAGAUGAUUUAGAUUGGAUUCCUGGAAAAAUAUUGAGAUGCUUCUAUGACAGAGACUUCAGAUCUGAUGUGAUUGAAUCCAUUCUAUAUGCCUCUAUUUUCCCAACUGAAUUCACGGCCAAAGAGAGGGUCAAAACUUGGGUUAGAUUUUUUCCCACAUUUGAUCAUGUUGAGCUGAAGGCUCUUGAAAAGAUACUAGAGCAGAAGCAGAGAUUACAACAAGAGAUGCUGAGAUAUCUUUCACUGAAGCAGACAAAUCAGGAAAACGACCCCGAGUUGCAAAAGAAGAAGUUAUUCUGCUUUCGGGUUAUGUCUCGCUUUUUCACUGAUGCUGCUAAAGGAGAGGAGAACUUUCAAAUUCUUGAUGAGUUAACAGAUGCCAAAAUUUGGAAGAUUUUGACGACUUCUCUCGAUCCAAACAGUACUGCUUCCCAGUCACUUAAUUGUCGCGAUGACUUGCUUAAAAUCCUUGGAGAAAAACAUCGACUCUUCCAAUUCCUAGGUUUGCUGUCUAUGAAAUGUUCAUACACACUUUUUGACAAGGAGCAUGUAAAGGAAAUCCUUGUGGAAGCUAGCUUACAAAAGACAGCUGGGGAUGCACAACUAACUGCAUCUUGCAUGAAUAUUCUUGUGCUCCUUGCUCGCUUCAGCCCUCAACUGCUUAAUGGAAUUGAAGAUAAACUUUUACAGCUACUUGAGGAUGAUAAUGAAAUAAUUAAAGAAGGUGUCCUUCAUAUUCUAGCAAAGGCUGGUGGAACUAUCAGAGAACAAUUGGGAGUGUCAUCCAGCUCAUUAGACCUUAUACUAGAAAGGAUUUGUUUAGAAGGUAGUCGUAGUCAGGCCAAGUAUGCUGUGCAUGCACUUGCAGCAGUAACAAAGGACGAUGGGCUCAUGUCUCUCUCUGUUUUGUAUAAGAGGCUUUUAGUAGAUAUGCUCGAGGAAAAGAAAAAUUUACCUGCUGUACUACAAUCUCUGGGUUGCAUAGCACAGGCUGCCAUGUCAGUUUUCGAAACAAGAGAGAGUGAAAUUGAUGGAUUUAUUAAGGCAGAAAUACUUCAGUGUAGUGAUACAGGAGAUAAAGUAAAAGAUCUUUGGGAUGAGAGAAGUGAAGUUUGUUCAAUGAAGAUUUUUGGUCUAAAAACAUUGGUGAAAAGCUAUAUGCCUGUGAAAGAUGCUCACCUUCGCCUUGGGAUUGAUGGGUUAUUUGAAAUCCUUAGAAACAUACUCCUAUUUGGAGAACUGUCCACAAACAUUAUAUCAAGUCCUGUUGAUAAGGCCCAUUUGAAGCUUGCUGCGGCUAAGGCAAUUCUCCGGUUAUCAAGGCACUGGGAUCAUAAGCUUCCAAUAGAUUUGUUUUACUUGACCUUGAGAUCAGUGGAGAUCAAUUAUCCCCAAGCCAAGAGACAAUUUCUAAACAAAGUCCACCAGUAUAUCAAGGAAAGGCUCUUGGAUCCGAAAUAUGCUUGUGCUUUCUUAUUUGACAUGACAGGAGUCCAGGGGUCAGAUUUUCAAGAGGAAAGACGUGAACUGAAUGAUAUUAUUCAAAUGUGUCAACAAGGGAAAACACGUCAACUUUCUUCACAGUCUGAUUCCAAUCCCCAAGUCAUUUUCCCAACCUCAGUACUUCCUUAUGUCAUCCAUGCUUUUGCUCACCAUUCUUCAUGUCCAAAGGUCAAUGAAUGUAGAGACUUCAAAGCAUUUGAACGGAUAUAUAGGCAGUUGCAUUUAUUUCUUUCUAUGAUCAUGCAAUUUGAUGAAGAUGACAAAUCUGAAGCAAUCAUUAACAAGAAAAAAGAGACUACUUCGACAAUAGUUUCUGUAUUUCAGUGCAUCAAGAACUCAGAAGAUGUUGUUGUUCCUGAGUUGUCAAAGACUUCGCAUGCAAUUUGUGAAAUUGGCCUACAUGUCAUUAAGAAGAUAUCUCAAAUUGAAGAUGGUGUUAAUGGAUCAAGUGCAUCUGUGUUGCUCCCUCCGCAGUUGUACAGACCAGUUGAGACAAAAGAUGGAGAUCCUCUGGCCAAUGAAGAUCUGGGUUGGAUCUCUGAGGAGAAUGCCUUGAAGUACUUUGAGUCACUGAAACUGGAAGUAAAUGGGAUGGUUCAGUCCGAAAUGGUUGCUGAAGAUGAAGUAAUGAAAGACAGUGAAACAGAUGGAAACGAACUGCCCUUAGGGAAAAUGUUAAAACGCCUUAAAUCUAAGGCAAAUAAGGCAAGAAAAGCAAAGAAGGAUGAAUCUCCAUCAGCAGAAGCGAAAAAUGAAGAUGUUGAUGUUCUGAAAAUGGUGAGGGAAAUAAACUUAGAUAAUCUGGGAACUUCAAGCAGAUAUGAAUCAACCAAUGGACAUGAUUAUGAUCCAGCUAAAUUGAAAAGAGUCAACAAGCUUCGAAAAGGCAAAACAAGAGCUGUUAGUGAAUCAAAGGAUGUUCCUAAAGCCAAGCGCCAAAGAUCAUCUGGUCAGGGUGCUGAGUCAAGUAUGGAUGAGGAACAUGAUAUUGGUUUUGAGGACAGGUCUACUUUACAAGAAGACAGUGUCCAACCCACAGAACUGGGCUCUUCCACUGGGAAGAAUUUAGGCACCUUGGUGAAAUCUAGAGGCAAAGGUUCAGAUGAACAUCAUAAUCAUGAGGUGAAUGAUGAAGAUGUAAAGGUGCCUAUGGAGCUUGUCAGUGAGAACAAGAAAGUAACAAAUGAUUCUAAAUCAGCGAAAGCAUCUGCCAAGAAACAAAAAAAAAGGAGCAUCAUAGGACUUUCUAAGUGCACCGCCGAGGAUCAUGUUAUCGAGGACUUAAUUGAUUGCAGGAUAAAAGUUUGGUGGCCGAUGGAUAAGAAGUUUUAUGAAGGGGUUGUGAAGUCUUAUGAUGGUGAAAAGAAGAAGCAUGUGGUGUUGUAUGAUGACGGGGACGUGGAAGUGCUCCGAUUAGAUAAGGAGUGUUGGGAGAUUGUUGAUACUGGUCACAAGCCCACUAAGCGGUCAAAAUUAAUGAAGACUACUACUACUCGUAAAACAUCACCAUUGUCUCAUCAUCAGCAUAAGAAGCCAGUGACUAGUUUGCAGCAAAAUAAAAGCCCAGUGAUUACAUCUUCGCCCUCCAAAGUAAGAGGAAAAAGGACCCCUAGAAAAAAUCUCAGAACUGGAGGGAAGGGAACAUCAAAUAUUAAAUCCUCUUCCAUGUUGGUAGACCCUGAACCUACUACACUGCCAAAAUCUGAGGAUGGCUAUACAGGUGAUUUUGAAGGGGAACAUACUGGAGCAGGAGAAGACUCUGAUGCUGAAGAGAAUCUGGUUGUUGCUGUUCAGAACUACUCAAAUUACAAGAAAGAGCUGGAAAUCUCACAUGGUAAUCAUCAUUCUCAGGAACAACUAAAUGAAAGAGGGGAUUCUCAGGAACAAGAUGAUGUGCCUUUGCAAGAAUCUGGAGAAGAGGACACAGAAAAGAAUUUCUCUAGGGUUGAAACAGAUGAAAGUAAUCCAGAAGAUUCUGGAAUUGCAGGACUCCCAGAAAAUGAGCCUCUUAGUGCAUGGAAGCUUCGGGCAGGGAAAGCAACCCGAAGAAGAUAAAGUGGAGAAAAAAUCUUUCUAUGGAAAUUGACAAUUCUCUGUGAUUAAUUUCAUUGAUUUCUGCUAAGAAGGACAGAGUGGGUGGUGUAGCUGAUAGCUUUGUAAGGUGUAGUAGGCUGUGUUAGAACAUAGUUGUGCUUGCUGGGGGUAGGAUGAAUCACCUGUUAUGAGCAAACCUCACUUAUGUAGUUUUUGUAAGUUAACCUUAUUUAUUCUUAAGAACCUUUUUCGUCAAAAACAAAAGAAUAGGACUAUGGAAGACCACCCAGUGUAAGAAGAGAGUCAUAAAUAAAUUUCCAUGUCCAGGACCUUCUGUGCACUGUACAGUAGAUAUAAAAGUAUCUUCAAAUACCUUAAUAUGAAGUAGUGGCCUGGAUUUUGAUUUUCUCUGUUAAUCUGUUUGGCAGUUUAGUUAGUUUUCAAUGCAUGUAAAUCACUAACCCCAUAUGAAGAAUUAUUAUUAUUAUUAUGUGAUUGAUUUGGUUUGCUUUUCUGGACUUGA